UUCUUCAGAAACAGCUCGUCACCUCGGUAGCUUGCUAGCCAACAUAGCCGAUAGAUUCAAGCUCUUAAUACGCUUUCGGUCUAUAUUAGCUACUGUAUUUUAGACACACUUCUGUCGUAUCUACUUGUUAACCUAUUUAAUUUAAUAUUACGUUAUUUUGUAUUAGUCAGCUAUAGUAGUUGGCUGGUUAAGUUUGCACUAGCCUAGUCGCUAAUGAUAGCUAGCUAGCUAGCUAGCUAACAUCCCCGAACAUGAGCUCACUAAACUACCCCCCUGCUGUUAAAGAAGAGAUCUGCUGGACGGAGAAAGAAGCUCUGGGGUUGAACAUUGUCGUGAAAGAGGAGAAGGAAGAAGAGGAUGUUACUGUGAAACAAGAAGUAGAGGGUGAGGCUGUUACAGUGAAAGAAGAAGAGAAAGACGUUUCAGUGAAAGAAGAGGAAGACUCGUUCAGAGUGAAAGAGGAGGUAGAUGUUGCAGUAAAAGACGAGGAAGAUGUAGUUUUUGGAGUGGAGGAUGACGUGAAAGAAGAUGAAGAUGUUUUUGGAAUGAAGGAUGAUGAGGGGGAGAUUACUGUCACAUUAGAGGAGGACGAAGAAGAUCAGACUGGAGAUCUGAUUAACACCAGUAAGUACAGAGAGAGACAGGAGAAUCGUGGAUCCUCUGGGGAGCCUCAACAUCAUGAUGCUGACAAGGCAGCGGAGAGUCUCUCCAGAUCAGAACUCCUCAAGAAACACCAACAUAAAACCACAGGGAAGAGAACUCACUGCUGCUCUGACUGUGGGAAAAGAUUCAACUCUUCAUCAAACCUUAAAAUACAUCAAAGAAUUCACACAGGAGAGAAACCUUACGGCUGUGAUCAAUGUGGGAAAAGUUUUACUCUGCUACACACCCUGAAAUCACACCAGAGAUCACACACAGGAGAGAAACCCUAUAGCUGUGAUCAAUGUGGGAAGAGUUUUACAACAUCUAGCAAUCUAACUAUACACCAGAGAACACACACAGGAGAGAAACCCUAUAGCUGUGAUCAAUGUGGGAAGAGUUUUACUUCAUCUAGCUAUCUAACUAUACACCAGAGAACACACACUGGAGAGAAACCUUACGCCUGUGAUCAAUGUGGGAAGAGAUUUAUUCUGCUACAAACCCUGAAGUCACACCAGAGAAUACAUUCUGGAGAGAAACCUUUUGGCUGUUAUCAAUGUGGGACAAGUUUUUCACAGCUAAGCAGCCUGAUAGUACACCAGCGUGGACACACAGGAGAGAAACCUUUUAGCUGUGAUCAAUGUGGGAAGGGUUUUACUACAUCUAGCCGUCUAACUAUACACCAGAGAACACACACUGGAGAGAAACCUUAUUGCUGUGAUCAAUGUGGGAAGAGUUUUACUCAGCUAAGCAACCUGAUAGUACACCAGCGGGGACACACAGGAGAGAAACCUUAUAGCUGUGAUCACUGUGGGAAGGGUUUUACUACAUCUAGCUGUCUAACUAUACACCAGAGAAUACACACAGGAGAGAAACCGUAUGGCUGUGAUCACUGUGGGAUGACUUUUAUUGGGCUUCAAACCCUGAAAUCACACCAGAGAACACACACUGGAGAGAAACCUUUUAGCUGUAAUCAAUGUGGGAAGAGUUUUACCACAGCUAGCUGUCUAACUAAACACCAGAGAACACACACUGGAGAGAAACCUUUUGGCUGUGAUCAAUGUGGGAAGAGUUUUUCUCACCCAAGCAGCCUGAUAGUACACCAGAGAACACACACAGGAGAGAAAUCUUAUAGCUGUCAUCAAUGUGGGAAGAGUUUUUCCACAUCUUGCUAUCUAACUACUCACCAGAGAACACACACAGGAGAGAAAUCUUAUAGCUGUGAUCAAUGUGGGAAGAAAUACUCUGAUAAAAGGUCUCUGAUUAAACAUCAGAAAAUACAUACAUGAAGAAGUUGUUUCAUGAUAUCAAUGUCGCAAUGUAGAAUGUUUUAACAUUGUCGUAGCAAUAUUUGAAUGAAUGUAGAAUGAACCCUGAACGUUUGUCCCCUGUUCAGUUGAUAUUAGCCUCAGUGGAAAAAUCCAGACUCUGAAUUGAAAGAGUACUAUUUAUGUGAUUUAACAAAAGGUGACAAUUGUGUUACACUUACCACGUUGGUGGCCCACUUGAAUCAAAACGCAACACUUCAACAUGUUUCGGUUUACAAUAUAUCCCAAACUUUUUGCAUAUUGGUUAUUGAUUUCGACAUGUUAAAACUGUGUUUUGACAUUGCGCUAUUCCAAUUUAGCAAAAUGUCAUUGAAAAGACGUUGAAAAUAGGACUAUGUUUGGUUGUAGUUGAAAGUGAAAGUUGAAAAGAUGUCUUUUCGGGUUGUUUUUUCAAUGACUGGAAAACAACUUAAUUUCAACAUACUUGCAGCAUAAACACAUGGACACAGUAUAAUACAUUGGUCUAUAAUCAAUUUUCUUAAAAAUCCUACAUCACUCCAGUAUUUCUUUACAACAUUCAAACGCUACUUGUCUUUAUUCCACUUACUGAAGAAGCAUGUCUCAAAUGAUCCCAUAUUUCAAACAUUCAGCCUGACAAAAGAUACAUGUUUUAUUAUUCCAUGCCUCACCAUUAAGUCAAUUAUUGCCAACACAUAUUAACAAAGGGAUGUAUAUUUGAUUUUGAUAUUUCAUAUUUACAAUUCAUGUAACAUUCAGCAAUAAUUAUUUAUGCAACCAACUGACAAUUUUUGGGUACAAUUAUAUUGACAUUGUUAUCCUGCUUUUAGACUAUCAAGGUUCAUUCUCAGAUGUGCCAACCCAAAUGUACUACAGCAUGACAUUGGGGACUGGGCCCUGAUCCAACAACAAGCCUAUUGAGUGAACCCUGAAAAGAGAGAAGCUUCGCAAUGAGGUGGAAAGUUACUACGGAUAUCGCAGGAGUUUCCUCUUGAUACCAGACAUGUCUUUGGUAAGGACAACUUGAUUGUCCAAGGGGACGAGAGUUCUAGAAGCUAGUGAGUUUUAGAAGGACAAGUGUUAUAGAAGCUCAUGAGUUCUAGAAGCUCGUGAAUUUUAGGAUUCUAAAAUAGGAUUCUAGGAAAAGGAGAAAAAUAUAUAUGAUUGUAUAUUAAUAUUUAGAAAUACGUUGUUUUUAAUUGUUGACAGCAAGUUGUUUUUUGUUGGUGUUGAGCAAACUUAUCCAACAAAAAUAUAGGAUAUAUUUGUUGUCUUACAGGGAAAGGUGUUACAGGCUUUGGUUUUUCCAUUUAUAUUUUCAGGUUGGACCUUAGCUCGUAGGAAAGGGGGAUACCUAGUCAGUUGAACAACUGAAUAUAUUCAACUGAAAUGUGUCUUCGGUGCACUGAUUGGUGUCACCUCGUUAGUCAGUAUGUGUUACACCUGUGCUGGCUUGUCCAUCUCGUUAGUGGGAAGGUGUUUCACAUGAGCUGGUCCAGGUUCUAUUUAAGAGUGUCUGGCCCAGUGCUCCAAUUGUCUUGAUAGAUGUGGAGAGUCAACACCUUUAGUUGCUCCAC